AUGGGUAUAGUUAAAGAAAUUGAUGAAACAAAAGAAAGAAUUGAAAAUCCAAUAAAACAACAAUCAAAUGUUAAUAAUAAUAAUUAUAAAUUAUUAAGACAAUCAAACAGAACCACCAUUAAAGUUGUAAAAGGAUUUUUAUAUUUAAGUUUACUUGGCGAAGGUAUCAAAACAUAUAAAGGAAAUAAUUUGUUAAAUACUUUGGUUUCAACACUUGGAGCAGGUUUUAUUAUUGGUUCAUUAACACUUGUAAAUAAAUUAUCAUCUGGAGAAGAGAUGAUUCAAUUGACCGAUAUUGAAAAUGACAAAGAACAAGUUGUGGAAAAUGAAGAAAAUGAAAUCCAAGAUGAUUUAGAUACCGAUAGUGAUGAAUAUUCUAGUGAUGAAGAGGAAGAUCAAGAUGAUGAUGAUCACAUAGAUUGUACAAAUAAAAUCGUUGGAUUUUCAAUGUUCAAGUUAUAUAAAUUCCUUCCUUAUGGUGUUGUUGGUGCAUUGGCUAGUAAUUGUAUAGCAUCAGUUACUAUGGGAGCAUUAUAUGGUGUGGAUGUUCCUUUAGAAUGGAAUCUUGGAUAUUAUAAAGAAAUUGGAAAUCACAUUGGUAGAUUAUGUAUUGAAAAUUUUAUUUUCUUUUUUGCCACUGAUAUUUUCUUUAAAACAAAAUAUUUAAUUUUUAAAGAAAAUGAAAACAAAUAA